GAACGGAGCAACUCCAAUUCCCCCUCCCCCUUUCCCAAGCGGAAUAUACGAAUAUACAACCUAGAAGGAAUUCACUAUCAUCCGUUUCCAACGCUCGAUGCGACAAUGCUUCUUGGUCCGUAGGCUUCUCCUGCCCUUUGAGCGAACAUCUUCUACAGCCUCGCCAUCAUGGCGGGCACCGUUGCCGUUAUCGAGGUGCCCGCCGCCUGUUCACUCACUGCCACCGCAGAGGCCUUUUUCAGCGUCCGCCAGGACUUGCUUCGAGAGGAUUUUGCCAGAGCUGGAGAAAAAGAUGAACGAUAUUCCACUGGAGAGGUUUAGGAAUUUUUGUAUCGUUGCCCAUGUGGUGGGUUUUCUACUUGUUUACCCGCUUGAUCCGUUUGACGGGUGGGUGCAGUCGGAGUUAAUUAAAGUGCUGAUUCAAUUCCAUAGGAUCAUGGGAAGAGCACCUGUACGCUGAUUCAAUACCCGGAGUUUGAGAGGGGGCAUUCUUGAAUUUAUUUAUUUUUGAUUUUUCUAUAAGGGCAAGGGAGGAUGGAUUGCUGCUAAUGUUUCAUUGAGUGAGAUAGUGAGCGAUAGACUUCUGGAGCUCACGGGGACUAUUGCUCCUGGCGGGAACAAACAGAUUUUGGAUAAGCUUGAUGUAGAACGAGAGCGAGGGAUUACUGUUAAAGCGCAGACAUGUAGUAUGAUUUAUAAUUAUAAGGUUUGUGUCCAUCAUCUUCAUUCCGAACUAUUUGCUAAUGGUGGAGUAGGGGGAAGAUUAUCUCCUCCACCUUGUAGAUACCCCCGGGCAUGUCGAUUUCCGAGCAGAAGUAUCCCGAAGUUACGCUUCGUGUGGAGGAGCUAUUCUCCUAGUCGACGCAUCGCAGGGUGUUCAAGGUAGCUGCGUCUAGCUCCUUAUUCCACGAUAUAGAGUCUAACAACCGAGAAUACAGCACAGACAGUGGCCAAUUUCUACCUUGCCUUCGCUCAGGGCCUACAUCUCAUUCCUGUAAUCAACAAGAUCGACCUGUCAACAGCGGAUCCUGGGAGGGCGCUUGACCAGAUGAAAUCCAGCUUCGAACUCGAUCCCAAAGGUGCGGUUCUAGUAUCUGCUAAAACCGGCCUCAAUGUCGAGUCAGUAUUACCGGCCGUUGUCGAGCAAGUACCAGCGUAAGCGCCCCCCCUUUUUUUUCCUUCUGGUGGACGGUCUCUUCGAAUUCGAGAAAACGGUCCAAAAAUCUCACAGUUCAAUAGUCCCGUAGGCUCACAUGAAGCUCCGUUAAAGAUUCUCCUAGUCGACUCCUGGUACGACAUGUACAAAGGCGUGAUCCUGUUGGUCCGAGUCUUUGAGGGCAUGCUCCGGCCUGGAGAUGCCAUCGUCUCCUUCGCUACAGAGAAGAAAUACAUCGUUGGAGAACUAGGCAUCAUGCAUCCCCUCGAGAAAGCGACUUCCUCCUUACGUGCGGGUCAAGUCGGAUACGUAUACUUUAGCCCGGGAAUGAAGAAGAGCUCCGAAGCAAAGGUCGGGGACACAUUUACGCAUAUCGGUAUGGAGAACGUUGUCCGGCCGUACCCCGGAUUUGAGGAACCGAAGCCUAUGGUUUUUGUCGGAGCAUUUCCGGUGGAUCAGUCGGAGUUCAAUCGACUAGACGAUAGCAUAAAUCAGCUAGUGAUCAACGACAGAAGUGUUACACUCCAUAAAGAGUCUUCAGAAGCUCUGGGGCAGGGGUGGAGGUUGGGUUUUUUGGGUUCGCGUCAUUUCCUUUUACUAUCACUCGGAUUUCGUUUUUGAUACUGACUCGAUUAAUUGAAGGUACGCUACAUUGCUCGGUGUUCGAAGAUCGCCUAAGGCAGGAGCAUGACACCUCAAUCAUCAUCACCGCUCCAACAGUGCCAUACAUGAUCAAAUACAAGAAUGGCACCGAAGUCGUCGUCCGAAAUCCCCACGAAUUUCCCAAUCCCGACAUGGGGCACAACCGGAUCGAAGCCUUCUACGAGCCAUUAGUUCUUGCCACCAUCACCCUUCCAGACGAAUACCUUGGGAAAGUUAUCGAGCUCUGUGAGGUAUAUAUUUAUACACUUCCUCCUGUCCCCAGUACCCCCCCCCCCCCCCACUAGAUGCUAAAAACAAUUCCAGUCAAACCGUGGCGCGCAAGUCUCGAUCGAAUUUUGGACAGCCAGCCAAGUCAUCCUAAAGUACAAAAUCCCACUCGCUCAACUAGUCAGCGACUUUUUCGGAAAACUCAAGGGUAUAACGAAAGGUUAUGCAUCACUAGACUACGAAGAUGCCGGGUACGAGAAGAGUGACGUUGUGAAACUACAAUUACUUGUGAACAAAGAACCCGUGGACGCCAUUUCCCAAGUUCUACACAGAAGCCAGUGUCAGAGGAUUGGUAAACAGUGGGUUUCGAAAUUUAAGGAGUAUGUGGAUCGGCAGCUUUUUGAAGUGGUCAUCCAAGCCGCGGUGGGGAAGUUGAUUGUCGCGAGGGAGACGGUGAAGCCCGUUAGGAAGGAUGGUGGGGUUUCCGAAUCUUCCUUGCCUUGGGAGCCUCUUCGCUGACCGAUUGCAUAGUCACUGCAAAACUCUACGGCGGCGACAGAACCCGGAGAAUGAAGCUCCUAGAGAAGCAGAAGGAAGGGAAAAGGAAGCUGAAAGGCAAGUUCCCACACUAGUAACAUGAAAACAAUAUGAAAUACUAAUUUUUCAUGAUCCAGCCAUCGGUCAAGUCACGAUCGAUCAGAAAGCUUUCCAUGGUUUCUUGCAGAAGAAUUGAUAGAUCUCUUACAGAACGUCGAACAGAUCAUAUUUCACCCAGAACAAUUAUUCUACUGUAAAUAAGAAACGCAUAUAUAAGUUCUAGAACGCGUGCCCCUAUAUUGUACAGCGAAAGUCGUGUUGGACCGACCGGGGCUGUGUUCUUUGGUGUUGGGCUGUUGUCACUCAUACCUUAACCUUUUGCUUCAACCAUUUAGAGUAUGGAUCUUGAUAGGUAUUGUGCCCUUAUUCGUAUCAUAUUAUCAGGGCAUGGGAUCGCUGCGGGCCACGUAGAUGUUCACCCGCCCGGCGUCGGUGG